AUGACAAAACGUACAGAAAAAACGCAGAGGUAUUUUGAGAAUCGUAACUUCUUCUUCUCAACAACACUACUCAGCCAUGCUUCAACAGCCUGUGUUUUCCCGAAACAUUUUUUCAGUGCCUUGUCUCUGCAAGAAAAUCUCCAAAAACUGCAAAAGAGAGCGCUCCCGGGCGGUUUUGUGAAAUGGGGCUCGCUUGGUUUUUGUAGGACAUCAAGGUUUGCCACCAGGUUCACGCCAUUUCAGCCGAAGCCGUUGGACUCGAUUAUGGAUGUCGAGAGGGUGAAGGAUCGCUCACCCGAGGACAUCACUUCAAUUUGGGAUGAUUAUCACUUGGGAAGAAGCCAUAUUGGGGCAUCUAUGAGAGCAAAUCUUUAUUAUUUGUUGGAGCAAAGAGCUGCAGAUUGCCCGUAUCUUGUCAUUCCUUUGUGGAGAGGAAGUGGUUAUACGACAAUGUUCGCACAAGUGCAGAUGCCACACAUCAUUUUCACUGGUCUUGAAGAUUACAAGGCAAGAGGAACUCAAGCAGCCCCAUGCGUCACCGUGUCCUAUUACAAAGAAUUUGCUGAAAGGAAGGGCUUGGUGCUUAUCCGUGGUGAUGUAGUGUUCACCAGCAAGCUUAGUGACACAGAGGCAAAAUGGCUUUUGGAGACUGCCGAAUCUUUUUAUCUGAAUGAUGCGAGGUACAAGCUGGUUGAACAGUUCAACAAAAAAACACAUGAUUUUGAGUUCAAGGAUGUCUUGCAAGCAUUAGACAUGCCCAUUCUGUGAUCUGCCAAAAGACAGGAACUUCUGUUAAUAUUGAGCGGGAGAGAAGGAUAUAGAUAGGAACUUUCCUUGUAGCAUUACGUUUUGAUAUAUUAAGAAACAACUAGGUGGGAGAUUUGGAAGUUAAUUUCAUGUAAAAGCACAUUGAAGGUUCUGGUUUUUGCUACGGUUCCGUUUUCUUCAAAAAUAAGGUUCUGGUA